CUGUGGUUUCUCCCUCUCACUUUUCACAGCUACGAAAAGGGUCUAUUUGAAGACUGGGCGAAACAAAUAGACACCGUAUGCUCCUUCAACAUAUCAAAGCCACUUCUUAUUCGAAAUGGGGCAAUCAAGCGACUUGAAGUCAACUUUGACCCUGAACUGGCAUCCGUUCUCCGAGAGGUCAAGUAUUUGCAAAUCCGAGGCAAAGAGCAGGUGCCGGCAGCUGCAAGUGCGCUUUUCGAGCAAAACGACAAGUUAUGCCAAUUUCGGAUAACUCUAGACCAAAUAGCAAAGUGGUACAAUUAUCUUGCUACCGAGUUGAUUGAGAUUGAAGAUGCCCUAAUAGUUGAUCAGUUGGCUGAGAUUGACAGACAGCUCAACACAGCCGAGACAACGCUCAGUUGGCGUGAUGAAGAGGCCUGGAACUAUAUACAGUCGACGCGUGAUAUGACUCGUGACCUUGAAAGACGCGUCGUACAGACGCAGGAAAACAUUGUCCAAAUACGCAAAAUUAUGAAGUCCUGGGCUCGAGCGCCGCUAUUCGAGCGCAAAGAAGGCAAGCGAGAAGCGCUUCUUGGAAUCGAGGAGAGGGAAGACAGGCGCUGUAAGCGUUAUUCAGAGAUUCGUGAGGCCGGAGAACGAGAAAACAGAAAGCUUUUCAAAGCUGACGUCGAAUCUGACGCCUGGAAGAGGUAUGUGAAUUAUGUAGAUCAUCUUGUGGAAGAAGGCCUCAGGUGCACUCUCGAAUGCUCACUAAAAUAUAUACUGGCAGAAACUGAAGAUAAGCAAACCACGAUGGCACUUUUUGAAGCACAAAUGGAGCUGCAGACCCCGGAAGUAAUAUUUAUCCCUUCACUUGUGUAUGGAACAACAAAUGGUUUCUACGAAUUGGUCGACGGACUCAUUGUGGAUAUCUACAAACAGGCAUCCUUGAUUCCUCGCAUUGACGCUAACGCGACAGAAGAGUCAUAUCAAGCAAAAAUGGAAGAAGUGGAUGUAUUGAACGAGAUGCGCCAGACCCUUCUUGAUCGGACGCAGUCCGUCAUUCAGAAGGCCCUUGCCUAUCAAGCUACUUUCGACGUCUAUGCCUACCUGUGGGUUGAUGAUCGGGCAGAGUUUAUGCGCCAUUUCCUUAUUUACGGUCGUGUACUCUCAGUUGACGAACUAGAAACUCUUCAGUUGUCUGGCCCAGUUCAAGGUUCUACAUUAGUUACUUCUGGUAUGGCCAAUGGCGAGGGAGAAGCAGCUGAAGGCUUGGUGCCGCACCCACCCACACUGAAACAGUUCAAGGAACAGAUCGACAACUACGAGAGAAUCUUUGAAGAGGUUGAUAAACUAGAAGCUUCAAUUAAAUUUGAUUCUUGGUUCCGCAUCGUCUUGCGCCGGUUCAAGCAUGCGCUGCUCAACAUCAUCAAACGCUGGAGUCUGAUGUUCAAGCAGCAUCUGAUAGAUCACGUUACCACCAGCCUGAAUGAUUUGGCUAAUUUCAUCAAGGUUAAUCAAAACUAUUUGAGGGGUAGUUAA